GCCCGCCGUUCGCGACCUGAUUUGAGAGUACCGUGACGUCUUCCCCCCGUAUUUCUCAUACAGCGGGAUUCCCCCGAUGCGCAGUGUCGAGCAUUCCAUCCAGCUCGUGCCCGACUAUCGUGUUCACCAUCAGGCACCAUACCGACUCUCGAUUCCAGAGGCGACGAAACUCAAGCGUCAGCUUGAGGAGCUCCUUCGACUGGGUUUCAUUAAACCCAGUAACUCCMCUUGGGGUGCACCUGUCCUCUUUGCUCGCAAAGCGGACGGAACUCUCCGCCUCUGCAUCGACUACCGCGGCCUUAACCGUUACACGGUUAAGAACAGCUAUCCCAUGCCCCGCGUGGAUGAGCUGUUUGACCGUCUGGUAGGCAACCGCUUCUUCACGAAGAUCGAUCUUCGUAGCAGUUACCACCAGAUCCGCGUUGCCGCAGAGGACCAACCGAAGACCGCCUUUCGGUCGCGCUUCGGCCACAACGAGCUCACGGUGAUGCCAUUCGGCCUCACCAAUGCACCCGUCACCUUCCAGACGGCGAUGAACGACAUCUUCAGGGACAUCCUUGAAAAAUACGUUCUCGUAUACCUGGACGACAUCCUGGUCUACAGUCGUACCUUAGAAGACUAUAUCAGACACCUCCGCGAUGUCCUACAGCGCUUACGCAAGCAUGACUUUUAUGCCAAGCUCAGUAAGUGUCGAUUUGCCCAUCGCAAAGUGGACUUCCUAGGACACCAUGUGUCUGACCAGGGUCUCCACAUGGACGACGCGAAGAUCACUGCAAUUGCAGAGUGGCCCGUCCCCACAUCUGCCAAGCAGCUUCGCAGCUUUCUAUGCCUCACCAGCUACUAUAGUAAUUUUAUCCAGGGAUACGCUAGCUAUCGCAUUAGCGCUCAUGAGGUCGCCGACAUCGUCUUCGACCGAGUCGUGAGAGAUCACGGCUUACCUCAGAGCAUCAUCUCCGACCGUGACUCGCGCUUUACCAGCACAUUCUGGCGACGCCGACACGAGGUGUACGGAUCCCAGCUCCACUUCUCAUCGUCUUACCACCCUCAAAUGGAUGGUCAGACUGAGGUCACCAAUAAAACUCUCGGUAAUAUCCUCCGAAAGUUUGUUAGGGAUGACCAGCAGUGGGACUUACACUUAGCCCACGCGGAGAUUGCGUACAACCACGCUGUUUCGCCAGCCACGGGGAUGUCGCCAUUCUAUUGCGACCUCGGCUACCACCCUCGCGUGCCCGCGGAUUUCCUACGACCAUCGCGGUUGCGCCCAGACACUCGUUGCCCUGCGCUUGACGACUGGAUCGCCCACAUGGCGGCGAUUAUGAAGCGCGCACACCAGAGUUUAGCCGACUCCCAGACUCGCAUGGCCGCACGAGCGAACCGAUCACGAAUGGAUCAUCCAUUCAAAGUCGGUGACGAUGUGCUUGUCGACGCACGCCACUUACAGCUCGAAGCAGAUACGCUUCGCAAGUUCAGGCAUCGUUUCUUCGGUCCAUGCCACAUCCUUCAGGCCGUCGGUUCUGAUACUGCCGCUAAUCCGUUCAGCUUUCGUGUGAAGCUACCUGAUUACCUCCGACAGGCUUGCGUACACGAUGUUUACCACGUCUCCUUGGUGCGUCCUUAUCGCAGACCGUCCGAGCGCUUCGUCGGACGCCCUUAUGAGCGCCCUCCACCUAUCAUGGUGGAUGGUCACGAGGAGUUCAUUGUUUCUGACAUCGUAUCACGCCGAGUUACCGACGAUACCCCUCCACGCAUCGAGUACCUUGUGCGUUGGAAGGGCUACCAUGAUGAGGAGGCUACUUGGGAGCCCCUCGAGCACUUGCAGCACGCCAGGAUGUUGGUGCGUGCAUAUGAUCGUGCCCGUCGUGCUGAGACAUCUGCUUCUACUCAACCGACUGACCCUCUUCCUCCUCCUCCGGCUGAGGAGAUUGCUGAGGACGAGCCUGCUCCCUCUGAGAUCGUUCCUCAGCCGCAGACGGUCUCCUUUGAGCGUCCACAGCGCACUCAUCGUUGCCCUUCGCGUUACGAUGACUGACACUCUUAUCCUCUAUCUUUCCCCUACUGACUCACACCAUCAGGUACUUCAUCAUCAACUUCUUCAGGAUGUCAGCGUUUUGCGGCUCUGCUUCGACAUC